AUGAGAGGUACCACUAAGACAGCUGCUUCUGGACUCUACCGGACUCAGCGGAUGUUUCUCUCGACAAUGGAGACUUCCGUUGGCCGCAAAGUCAACGAGUUUCUUUUGUUUCACAAUACGCCAAAGAAGCUCAAGUCCUUGGUGUACAGGGCCAAGAAUGCUACCAAUUUACUGGCUCAGAAUUUGAUCACCUCGGAAGGAGAGCCCAUUGUUCCCAGAAGCCCGGUACAACCUAUUUCCGAAAACGAUAUCAUCCAGUGGAUAAGAGAGUCUGAGGACUACGACGACCUUUUGAAGGUGAAGAGCAAACUCCCAUUGUUUCCAACCACGGGUACGACCUCCAGAUUGACCCCAAAUGCCACAAAUGAGUUUUUAUUCCGGUCUGUGGAGCUUCAGAGGUUGCCUCAUGGAUUGGCAACUUUCUACAGUCUCAGUGGUUUCAAGGGUAAGGUGGGACCCAGGUCGCUACAUGCCAUAUAUCUUCUGGAGUACAUCAAGCUGUUGAAAACAGGAAAUCCAAGUUGUUAUGAGAGACUUGAGAGUAAGCUCCAGGGACCCCUCAAACAUACUGGAGAGCAGGUAAUCUCCCACAAAAACGGUCUUUUUCACACAGCCAUUGCUACGUGCAAGCUGAGAUAUCUUGCGAACGACGAAUACAAGGACCAGGAAUUGCUGAAAGAAGUGCUUAAAGAAGUGGAAAAUGUGAAAGCUCCCCAUUCCGUCAAAGAUGUCCUGGAAUCUGGUGAUUUGAAGGCAAUCGAACACACACUGAAGGCGAACCAGGUGCUCCACGGAGUGUUCACCGCUUUGGUAGAAUCAAUUGAAGCGGCUCCAUUGGCUGCAAACAUUCCUGCUGCUACUAUUGAGGAAAUAAAGGCUUAUCUUGCGGAUGUAAAGCUUUUGGCUGAGAAGUCCGGAGAGCAGCUUCUCAUAGAAAGACUCAAGGAGAACGCCCAGUUCAAGAAAAUCGAGGCUGACGCCGAGGCUGAAAUCCCCGAAGAAGCAUCAGAGACUGACACUGCAGAAUCCAAGUGA